GCACUACUUUAGCAGCUGCCAGUGCGUCCUCCUCCCGCUGCGCACGUGGAGGCGGUGAUAGACAGACAGACAGAAAGACUAACAACGGCUCCUCGACUCACGGUUAAUGCUCAAGUUUAGCUGGUUAUGUAUCGCGCCCAAUGGUGUCCGCGGCAAAACUUUUCUCCCACUUUCCAGAGCCACGGCGCGGAAGAAGAAACUUUUGGUGACUUUGGUGAAGCAGCGUGAAAAUGCCUCCAGCGUAAAAACUGUCUGUUGGGCCAUUGUCGCUAUCUACCCCCCUUUUCUGUGUCUUCUCUUCCCCCGGCCCGCGCUGUCGACAUUGUUGUCACUUUUACAGAAGUAUGGUAGAUAAAGGCCCCCUGUUGACUUCUGCUAUUAUUUUUUACCUGUCCAUUGGGGCAGCGAUUUUUCAAGUUCUGGAAGAGCCUAAUUGGAAGCUGGCUGCAAGACAGUACAAUGCCCAAAAGGAUAAAAUUCUCAAGGACUACCCCUGUCUGACGAAAGAUGAUUUGAACAGAAUUUUAGAGGUAGUAUCAGAUGCUGCAGGCCAAGGAGUGACUAUUACUGGCAACAAGACCUUCAACAACUGGAACUGGCCAAAUGCUGUCAUUUUCGCAGCCACUGUUAUCACUACUAUUGGGUAUGGGAACAUUGCCCCUAAAACCUCCUCUGGUCGUGUCUUCUGUAUCUUCUACGGUCUCUUUGGUGUUCCUUUGUGCCUCACCUGGAUCAGUGAGCUGGGAAAGUUCUUCGGAGGCAGAGCUAAACACCUCGGCCAGUACCUCACUAAGAAGGGCUUCUCACUGAGGAAGGCUCAGUUUACCUGCACGGCGAUCUUCCUCCUCUGGGGUGUGCUGGUGCAUUUGGUGCUCCCACCUUUUGUGUUCAUGUCCCAGGAGGGCUGGACCUACAUUGAAGGCCUCUACUUCUCGUUUGUCACUUUAACCACAAUCGGAUUUGGAGACUUGGUGGCAGGAGUGGAACCCAACAAGGAAUACCCAACUCUGUACCGCUACUUUGUGGAAGUGUGGAUUUACCUUGGCCUGGCCUGGCUCUCUCUCUUCUUCAACUGGAAAGUGCGUAUGGUGAUAGAAGCUCACAAGGCUUUGAAGAAACGCCGCAAACUCCGAAAAUUAUCCCUGGAUGAACUACAGCAUUAUAAACAAUCACAUAAAGCCUCUCUCAGACUGCCACCCACUCCAAAUGAUGUCAAUAUAUUUGGCUUCCUGUCCAAAAAGCAGGAAGGCUAUAAUGACUUGAUCAAGCAGAUUGGCAAUAAGAAUGACAGUCGGCCUAACGGUUCAGCUAUCAAUGCUAUCAACAGAGCCAAAUCAAAAGACAUGGGCCGGUCCCAGAGUUGCAAUGAUGCCCCAGUAUUUAAUGGUCACACAAUUUUAAGUCUAGACAGGUCUCCACGUCAAAAGAGGCGCUAUAGUUUUAGUGACCGUGUGACUGUGGCCUUCUCAAAAUCAAAGAACUACCUCUUGGGUUCAGAUAGCGGAUUACUGCUAACUGAAGACCAUGUGGAGGGUGAAGGGAGCCCUGACCCGAUAUUUGAAAACCAGCUUGAUAAAGAUGCAGAUAUAGAACAUGGUGUACUGGGCGAUUCCGCUAAAAGAACAUGGGACAACAAGGAAUACCACGCACUCACGAUCCAGAAUGCUAAUAUAACUUUUAUUGAUGAAGAGAACUUUUUAGGCAGUAAUUUGGAGGAGGAAGAAGAGGAUAAUGAUUCAAAAGCAAAACUGUCUAUAACGACAUGUGAUGAAAAUAUUGAAACUAAUUCAAAAGAAGAGCAAGGAUCAGAGUCGGAUGAAUCUGUCUUUACUAGUGACUGUUCUGAGCACAGCCAUUCCUAUGAGAAACUAGUAGAGGAAUAUUCAAAGGAGGACAAUACGGACACAUGACACAAGGACACAAAUUAAGUCUACACAUUUUCAAAAAUAUGUGACAUUUAUUUUGAUAUUAAGAAGAAUCAAACAUUUUAUUGCACUUUUGGGUCGAAUGGUAAGACUGCACAGCCAGAUAAUCAAAUAUUUCAGUGAAUGUUUCUGUUUUUGACAUUUCAAAUUUUAAAACUAGCAACACUUUUCUUUCAAGUCUGAUAUUUUCUAUUUAUGUAUUUUUUUAUAGUUUGAGAAACACAUCUAUAUUUUUAACAUAUUCAUACUUAGCACCCAUAUUUUGUGCACAAUUGUAGAAAUGACAGUCCUUAUUAUUAUUCAUCAUAUUGGUGAGAUUUGUAAAAAAAAAAAAAAAAAAAAAAAAAAAUCUAAUGAAGGACUGUGGUUUGUUAAGGGUUUAUGUCACUGCUAUUGCACAAUCGCAUCAAAUAAGGACAGUUCAAAGUCCACCUUAGUCUUAAAAAACUGAGCCAAUCAUUUGUUCCUGAAGAAACGGAAAGGGCUAUUGACUGUAGUGAAAACCUUGCUCUUAUUUCUCAGAAUGUUAGAGGGUUGUUUUGACUCACACCAAUACAGUUUUGACUGUGCUUAAGGUCACCAAACAAAAAUGGAACAAGUUGAAGAACAUAUUUAGCAUGUUAGCUAGCCAUUGUCAUGCACAUGGAAGUCAUGUGAUGAAAUGUGAAAGUGCUGUCAGACUUGAAAGUGAAUUUCCUUUGCCUUCCAUGUGGGUUUACUCACAAAUGAACCUCCCAUAUGCCCGUGACUGUUUUUAUCUACACUUGUGAAUAGUUUGCUGCUCGUGGUGUGCCUUUGGGUUGUGCGUCUGGGGGUGAGUAAUGGGGCUUUCACAGUGACACUAUUUUCACUUUCUUUGUUGUUUUCCCCGCACACUUGGCUGCUGUUUGUCAGGAGCCACACUCUGUGGCCUUGUUACUCGUGUUUGUAGAGGUCUUGCUCUGUCGUGGGUGUCUGAAGAGCCGCUCAUGUCAGCCGACCAAAGUUAACCUGUAACAAAUCGAUGCCCCUGACGUGUGCUUGGUCAUGGGACAGGGGCAGCUGUACUUCCCGCUUUCACUGUACAGCUGUCAGAACAGGACUUGUGUGUGGGAAUAUUAUUCACUCAAGUUGAGCCUGCUUUCCAGUUGCCUAGAGCAUGCACUGAAAACUUGAACCAGUGUUAUUUUGUUUUGUACAACUAGUGGCCUCUCUUCUGCCAGAUUGAAUGACUAGUAAAGUGUAUUUCUGUAGCUCUGUGUAAACAGCAGACCACACUGUCCGAUGUGCUCAGAGGUGACUGCAGUCAAACGCCUUGAAUCUGCACAGCAGAGUAUAAACUUAAUGUUCUAGUGGCUCACUGAAGGAGCAUAAUGGGCACACAGGGGCUUUUGUUCCUCUUCCUUCAGUAUUCAAGCACAAACCCACCUCUUGUAUCUUACACUGUCCGUGUAAGGACCGCCCCGGUACUUGUGAAGACUGAAUUCUUGCAUGUCUCUGGAUUAACCGAGACACAUUCGUUAGUCCACGUGUCCUUUGACUUUCAUUGUGGUUCUACUGUGUGUGACUCCGAUAUUUGUGUUUGUCGUGUCUUUUUUAUCAUUAAAUUAUUGAUGUUUUAUGAAUGUUAAGCUGUACAUUUCAUUUAUAUAUAAUAAACAUUUAACAAAA